AUGGUGGAUGAGAAGCGGACAAGAGAAGAAUUAAUUUUGGCAUUAGGAGGGGCUCCAACACCUACAGCAUCCGGCCUGGUGGGAUGGGCCAAAGAGCUGAGAAACGCUCUCAAAGAUGCAUUGAAGCCGGUAUGUGACAGUGCUCCAUACAAGCGGUUACAUUCUUUCUCAGGGGUGUCACCUGUACCCUCAGGGGAGGAUGAUUACGAGACCUGGAGGGAUUUUACGGUGCCGCUUGUCCAAGAGUGGGAAUGCUCUGAUGCUGAGAAGCGGAAACGUGUGCUUGAGAGUCUGAAGGGACCUGCCAUGCGACUUAUCCGAGCCCUGAAAGAUUCCCAACCAGCUGCCACAGUGCAAGACUAUUUAACCGCUCUUGAAAGUGUCUACGGUGCUACUGAUAGCAGUGAAGACCUGUAUUAUCGUUUCCGCCAUACCUAUCAAGAGCCCCACGAACGAUUGUCAGAUUUCAUCAGGAGACUAGAGGAUUUGCUACAACAGGUAGUGCAGAAGGAGGGCAUCCCCAUCAAGCGCAUUGAUUCUGCUAGGUUGGACCAAAUCCUUCGGGGCACCCGACAGGAUGGGUUGAUGUUGUGGCGACUGCAGCUGAGGGAGCGGGCCCCAAACCCACCCCCAUUCCACAAGCUCAUUCGAGAGAUACGUGAAGAGGAGGAGCGAUUGUUGCAAGUGGAUGCAGUGGUGCAGCCGAAGAUGGCAGCGAGUCACACCACCACAGUGCUUGGAGAGAUGGAAGACGCCCCGUCAGUGGCAGCAGCACUGAGAGAUUUGACCCGAGAAGUGGCCAUGAUGAAGGCUCAGGGACAUACUGUGCCAUCCUCAAGAGGGGAGAGCAGCAGGAUGAGUGACAGCCGGCGAGAAGGUUUCUGUUAUAACUGUGGAAGAGAUGGUCACUAUGCCUUGGACUGCCAAAACAAGACAGAUCAUGCAAGGGUAUCUCAGAGAUUGCAGCAAACCAUUAGGAAGUUUCAGGGAAACACCAACAGGGCUUGGGGAAGGAGCAACCCAAGACCCUUGAAAUUCCAAGGCUCCCCAGAAAAAAACACAAACAGGGAUUACACUGUUUGUGCUCUUGUCAAGUCUGCUCUUGGCCAGAGCUGCCUGCCGAGCAGACUCCAUCUUGGCCACAAGGGCACUAAAGUUACACUACUAUUUAUUGAGUAG